UUGGUCUGAACUCAGUCACAUGGCUCCAUCUAAUGGAUUGCUUAACUACUUAAUUUAUUUUCUGGCUGCUUGUGCUGUUAGCUUGGUAAUUGGUUUCUUUGCAUUGGCGUCAGCUUUGUGGUACCUGAUUUGUAAGCGAAGAAAAGUGUUUCAAAAUUCUACCUUUAAAGCAACCAAUGAGAGAUUUAGGCAAAGACCACCAAAGGCAAAAAUUAAACCCCAUCCUGAGAGUGUAUUCAUUUCUCGAAGUUUUCAUACUGCAAGAUUCCAAUUACAGGAAGAGCAAAGAAAAAAGGAAGAAGCAUGUAUAAAAGCAAUUAAAGAUCAUCCUAAAGAUGAAUUCUGCCGUGCAACAGAAAAGGUCAUCUGUGACCCCCAAGAGAUUAACUCCGCAGCAAGCAGCAGCAGUGUUACCUUAAAUUUACCAACAUCGCCAUCAGAUUCUUAUUGCAGCCAAAGUAUACAAGCAGCCGACGAAUGGUUUUCUGAUGAUUCUCUAGCAGAAAACAACUCUCCAAACCCUUUCUUUAGGGAACCCCUAGUACAAAAAGUACUUUCAUACCUGUCAACCAUCUCAUCAGAAGAAUGUCCUUAAAAUGUAAUGAAUAUGACAAUGUAUGAUAAUCAAAAUGAUGACAGAUUAGGGAAACGUUUUCAGGAAGAAACACCAAAAUUGAAAUACAAAGCCUUCAACAUAAUAGUGAAUGACUUUUUUUUCUUUCGAAACCUUGUAUACUCUGAAAUCAGGUAAAGUUAAAACUAAACUACCAGCUUGUGAGUCUCCUAGCAGGUUCAUGCUCAUGUUGCUCUUUUUCUGCUUUAUUGUGUCGUA